CCGCUCCCUUUUUUUCUUGUCCUCAGGUUUUUUACUCCUGCUUUUUUUCUUUCUAACCCUGGGUUUUUUUUAAUUCUUCUAGAAAAAGGACCCGGCCCAGUUCCUGCAGGUGCACGGCCGGGCCUGCAAGGUCCACCUGGACUCGGCCGUCGCCUUGGCCGCCGAGAGCCCCGUCAACAUGAUGCCCUGGCAGGGGGACACGAACAACAUGAUCGACCGCUUCGACGUGCGGGCGCACCUGGACUAUAUCCCCAUGUACACCCCGCCCCUGCUGAACCCCAUCUCCCCUGAGCAGGAGUCGGACGAGAGGAAGUGUAACUACGAGCGGUACCGGGGCCUGGUGCAGAAUGACUUUGCCGGCAUCUCGGAGGAGCAGUGUCUCUACCAGAUCUACAUCGACGAGCUCUACGGGGGGCUCCAGAAGCCAAAUGAAGAUGAAAAAAAGAAGCUGGCGGAGAAAAAGGCUUCCAUUGGCUACACCUACGAGGACAGCACCGUGGCCGAGCUGGAGAACUCCUUGGAGAAGCGGGGGGAGGAGGAAGACUCCGAGGAAGACAGCAACACGGAUGAGGACGAAGUCAUCCCUGAUAUUGACGUGGAAGUGGACGUGGACGAGUUGAACCAGGAGCAAGUGGCCGACUUGAACAAGCAGGCGACCACGUACGGCAUGGCUGAGGGGGACUUCGUCAGGAUGUUGCGGAAGGACAAAGAAGAGGCAGAAGCUAUUAAAAAUGCCAAAGCCCUGGAAGAAGAAAAGGCGAUGUACUCGGGCCGUCGCUCUCGCCGCCAGAGGAGGGAGUUCAGGGAGAAACGCUUGAAAGGGAGGAAGAUCAGCCCCCCGAGCUACGCACGGAGAGACAGCCCCACCUACGAUCCCUACAAACGCUCCCCGUCAGAGUCCACCUCCGAAUCCCGCUCCCGGUCCCGCACCCCGUCUCCUGGCCACGAGGAGAAGAUCACCUUCAUCACCAGCUUCGGUGGCAGCGAUGAGGAAGCGGCGGCGGCGUCAGCACAAGCUGGAGGCGGCGGCGUCUCUGGAAAAACCACCGCGCUCGGCAAACAGCGCUCUGCCCCAGGGCAGCCGGGCAGCGCCGCGGCAGGUCAUAGCACCUCGUCCCGGUCGGUAACUCUCCCAUCCGGCUCGUUUUCCCAAAAACCCUUACCCUCGGAGGCCAGGUGGCCGUGGGGCAGGCCAGCUGCCGAAGCCCUUGGCUGGCCCUUCUUGAGGAGGGGGGAACCCGGUGGGAAGGAGCGGGUGGGUUCUCCGUUGUGUCCUGGCACAUGGGAUGUGUGGCCUCCCUGGUUCUGCUGCACUGCCCGGGCAUCUCAAAGAGGAUCUUUGUGGCAUCUCCGAGUCUUCCUGGAGAUGGGGGGGCUGGAAUUCGGGUGUGAGUCAAGAUGCCUCUUGCCCUCCAAGAGAAGAGAGCGUCUUGCCAGCUCCUGGAGAGCUCAGGGAGGGAAUUGGGGUGGCUGUCACAGCCCCUUUCCCAGCACGGUUGGGUGUCCCAGGGGGUUUGCAGCCCCUUGGCAGAGGGCCGGGCAGCUCCGGGGUCAUUCGGGCCGUGCCCCCCCAGCGUGGGGCAGAGGAAAGGUGACCCACUCUCCUUGUGGGACUGUUGGCAGGGUCCUGCCGUGUGGCACCACGCGGUGCCGGGGGUCAAUGAGGGUCCCAGCCCCUCCUCUCUCCUCCCGUGUGCCAAUGCCUCGUCCCCUCUGUCCCUUCCAGGAGACGCUCCUCGUCCUCCUCCUCCUCCCCGUCCUCCUCCUCCUCCUCCAGCUCCCGCUCCAGCUCCCGCUCGCACCGAGGCGGUGGCUACCACCGCUCCAGCCGCUACUGCCACUCCCGCAGCCGCCGCUACUCGCGCUCCCGCUCCCGCAGCCGCCGCUACUCGGGAGGGGGUUCCUGGGACAGUCGGCGACGCUCCCGGUCCUAUUCCCCCGACCGGGGCUACCGCUACGGCUCCCGCCGCCGCUCCAGGAGCCGUUCCAGGUCCGGGGAGCGCUACCGGCGAGGCGGCAGGUCCAGCCGACACUGGAGCAGCAGCCGGAGCAGCCGAAGCCCCAGCGACUCGCGGAGCCGCAGCAAGUCGGUGUCUCCGGUGCGAGAGAAACCGCCGAGGCCCACGGCAUCGCCCGCCGUGGGGGAGAAACUGAAAAAGGCUGACACUGCUGCUGGUAAAGAGACAGGAGCUGCCAAAGUCAGUAAGAAUUUAACCUCAGCUGUUUAAUUGGCAUCACUGCAGAGCAGGCUCAGGGACACGGUGGCGGAUGGGCUGGCGGAGGUGCUGGGGUGGGCACCGGGUGCCCCCCGUGACCCGUUGUGUCCCCCUCCUUGGUCAGGUGCCAGCCCCACUCCCUCCUUGGAGCUGGGGGGCUGCUGGGCAGGAGCGGGGCCACUGGCCGCUCCAGGCGGGUGGGGGGCAGCAGGGACCCCCAAAUGGCCCUGGGGGCUGCCUGUGCUGCUUUGCUAGGUCUGGGCUGUCACCCGUGGCUGUCCCCAUGUCUGGGGGGUCGUCACGCUCCUCUGGGAGGGGGGAGGUGGGUGGCAGGGGGCUGGCAGAGCCCCUCGUCCCUCUCGAAGGGGGGCUGUUGAGGGGGUGCAGGACACCAAUGUCCUCUCCAGCUCCGUGGACCCCUCUGUGACCUCAGGCUGUCCCUGGGGGUCCCCAAGUGCCUUUGGGCCCUGCCCGUGUGCCCCUGGCACAGAUGCCACCUCCCAGGGGCUGCGGGGGCUCUGGUGGGGAGCAGCUCAGGCUUCCCACGCCAGUUUGUCCCUGUGGCACCCACGGGUGACCUGCGAGGUCUCCGCUGCUCGGAGACAUGAAUGAAGCCCCCCCAGCGACACGGGGCGGCGAGGGUCCCGCCGAGGGGCUCGGGGGAUGCCACAGAGGUGCCACCCUCACCACGGGAAGGGCGGCAGCUGGAUCCAGCGCUCAUCGCU